UGUGACGUGAUGUCUACGUCAUCCACAUGCGCUUGUAGUUCUGUUUGGCUUCUUUCACGCACAUGAGUCAAACCAACGUGGCUUUUGCUUUUGACAAGACAUCUCUGCAGCUAUUCCAUGUAGUUACAUGUUGAUUAAAGAAAACAUCUUUAUACAAACGCCGUCAUCAACGAAACCAGCUGCUGGACGAGAAACCAGCUGCUGGACGAGAAACCAGCUGCUGGACGAGAAACCAGCUACUGGACGAGUCAAAUCACUGGUUUAGUUCUGCCUCAGAGACACAAACUGGAAACAUGUUCAAUGAAGAGGAAGACUGGAGUGACGAACAAGACGCUCAAGUCCUGAACAAACCUGUCCUCUCAGACAGCCAGAAGAAGAACAGCAGCACUAAUGUCAAGUCCAAGGUGGUUGGAAAGAAGAGUCUGCUGCGGACCCUGCAGGCACUGGGCUCAGUACCAGAGUGGAAGAACGACGACCAUCAGCAGGACAGUGACAGUGAGGCAGAAGUGGUCCCAUCACACAGUAAGAAAAAGAAGAAAAGAAGGAAAAGGCAAAAGCAAGCGGAGACAACAGGAGAGCAGCAAGAGAAUGGAGACUUUGAUCAGACUGUUAACGAUGAGAAACCUGAAACAAAAAAGAGGAAGAAAGACAACACAUCUGGGGCCCUGAAGGUAAAAAACCCAUCUGUGGGCGAGACUAAGGAUGAAGAAAUGACCAAAUCUGCAGAAGUGAACAUAAACGAGCCAGAGGACACAGAGAGACGGAGCAGACAACAGUGGAAAAACAAAAUGAAGAACAAGAGGAAUUGUAAAAAUAAAUACAGCCAGAAAAAGCCUGAGGAGGAAGUCAAUAAAGCACAAUCUGCAGAGCAACGUAAGCCAAAGGAAGAAGUCAAAACAGAUCCAUAUAGCAGCAACAACAACAACAACAGUCAGACACCAGCCAAGAAAAAGGAAAAGCAAUGUAAACCACAGAAAAGGAAAAAGACUGAAGAGGACACUGACAUAUCCGGCACAACAGAAUCACAGAUGCUGAGAGACCAAAAGAAACAAAUUGGUGGCAAAAUUGAAAAAGGUACAACUGAAUCUUGUGCUGACGGAUCAAAACAGAAAGCAGAUGCACCUGAAGUGGAGAUCACAGAUGAUCAGCACCAGUCAGCCAUGAAAAGACUGAAACCUGAACUGAGCAGAGAACAGAUUCUGAAAAGAGAGAGGCUACGGAAAAUGCUCACCAGACAGGAACCGGUCCAACAGGAGAGUCCUGCAGAGACAAAAGAGGAGCCGGCGGUCCCAGAAGAAGAGGUGAAACAGGACCGCUCGGCCUCCCUGAGGUCCCGCAUGGAGCAGCGCCUGGAGUCGGCUCGUUUCCGCUACAUUAAUGAGGUUUUGUACAGCACGUCUAGCGGCGAGGCGAAACGCAUGUUCAAACAGGACCCACAGGCCUUCGGGAUCUACCACAGAGGAUACACGACGCAGGUCCAGAGAUGGCCCUCCAAUCCAGUGGACGCCAUCAUCUCUUACAUUCGACAGAAACCUCCGUCUCUGGUGGUUGCCGACUUUGGUUGUGGUGACUGUAAAAUAGCGCUCAGCGUGAAGAACAAAGUGCACAGCUUCGACUUGGCAGCUGCCUGUGAUCUUGUCACAGUCUGCGACAUGGCCAACGUUCCGCUUCGUGACGGCUCUGUGGACAUCGCCGUGUUCUGCCUCUCUCUCAUGGGAACCAACCUGGCAGAUUUUCUAGUAGAGGCCAACCGUGUCUUAAAGAGGGGGGGUGUCCUUAAAAUAGCAGAAGUGGCGAGCAGGUUCGAGAAUGUGCGGAACUUCAGCACUGCGCUGGCAAGUUUGGGAUUCAAGAUGGUGUCCAAGGACACAGAGAACACUCAUUUCUACUCCUUUGAGUUAUUGAAGACGGGAGAGGCUCCAGAAAAUAUUAAGAAAUUUGGACUGCAGUUGAGGCCCUGUGUCUACAAGAAGAGAUGAAUGUAUGUGACAGGACUUCAUUCAAACAAUGUUUGUGACGAUACGUUUUUGGAACAAUGUAUUUGUGGAUGUGCAGUUCACAGUGGUUGAAACAGUAGUUGUACAUUUCUAUCUAAAUGUUCUGUUUUUGAUUGCUACAUUUUGAAGCUUCUGUAAUUCACCGAUUUGAACAGAGCUGAGUUAUGUGCAUUAUUUGCAGAUGGUUUUUCAUAUAAUACAGGCCUCUGGGAUCAGAUAAUGCCAUCAAUAUCCAAAUGCAUGCAGGUUUCCUUCCAUAGUCUCUGGUUUCAGAUGUGCUGAUCAGGGAAAUAACCCCGAGUGGUGUUUCGUUGGAAUGAAAACCUACAUACAUGUUUGAAUGGCAUAUUAUAUACAGAUCACCUAUUUAGUACAUUUUAUAAGAAAACACAAUAGCUUGUUCUGUUGAGAAAUAAAAUCUACAUUUCAAUGUA